CAUUUUAACAUUAUUUCGUAGAAUCAAAUUGGUAGGUAAUUAUUUUUGCACCUAAACAAUCUUUAAAUUUAUAGUUACUUGAUAUUUCAGUAAUAGUAACCGAUUGGCUCAGACAAAACCACGUAUCUUCAUACUGUAAAUUUUGAAAAAAAUUAGUUACCUAGUAACCUAUUAUAUAAUUUUCGGCAUUUUAAAUCAUUGCAGUUAUGAAAUAUUUAUAAUAUAGUGAAUGAUGAUAUAAAAUACUGAAAUAUGUGUUGCAAAUUUUAAAAAUCCAUUAUAUCUACGUUAAUCCGAACAGUGAGACCUCCAUAACUUCCUUAAUACUCAUAUUUUAAAUAAACUAAAAACCAAAUGAUUAAAAUAUUUUAUCAUUCCUGAGGUCGUUUUGACGUGUUUGCUAACAAUACUACAAGGAGGGCCCUUGACUUGAAGUUAUUUUUAAGCCAAUUGAUUGGCAUUAUUCCAAGCCAGCGAAUGUGGAUCACUGGCUGUUCUAAAACAUAUGAUACAUUUUGAUUUUUCGGCAUUCGUUUAACGCGCAUACUUUAUAUAUCACCGAGUAAGAUAGUUGACUGCAUUAGUAUUACUAUUUUAAUAUUGUUGUGUGUGCUAUCGUGUUCGUCAAAACAAUUAUGGACGCCUCUAACCAUGGAUCCGUUAAGGAUAUGGGAGACAUUGGAGAAGUUUUACGUGACGUGACUGAUUUAUCACCUGAAGAUUUGAAAAAACAGAACAGAAACCUACAGAAAUUUUUAGUUAAAGUGAUUGAUAUGUUGAAAGAAAAGGCUGACCGAUGCGUUACACAAGAAAAACAUAUUGAAGCGCUCACUUUACAAACGAGUUCAUUAAAAGAAGUUGUGGACAUCACGAAGCACAUGUUGGCUAUUCGUAACACAGAAGUAAAUCGUAUGACGGAAGAUUUGGAAAGUCUUCAAGGCAAAAUCAACGAGGAAAGAACUCGUCACAGUGCAAUAAUUGAAAAAAUGAAUUUAGCUGCUAAAUUAAAUGAUGAACUCAGAUCUGAAUAUAAACAACAAUCUGAACGUUUCGAAAAUAUGCGUGUCAAGUACGACGAAAAGUUUUCAAUACUCUCAGAUGAAAAUAAAAGAUUACAAGACGCACUACCCACUGAAACGACUGAUUGAAUAAUUUUUCUAAGUAUAUAUAUUUAAAUGUACGUAAACAAUAAUAUCUAUUGUCUAUUAUUUAACUAAUGUAUUAUAAUGCUUUAUUAUUCUACGAAAAAAUAAUAAUAAUUCUGUUGCACAACAAUUCCAAGUGAACAGUUUCAAAAAUAAUUAAAAAAACUAUAAAAACUACAAUUAAUUUUACUUGACAAUAACGAUGAUUUUGAAUCAUUAAACACAAUAUUUAUAAGAUAA